CGCGCGCGCGUGACUCCGCCCGCCGUCGAUCAGAUGAGUGUGUCAGGGUCGGAGAGCGGGGCCUCGGCAAACAAGCCCAAGUAUUCUAAAUUCACGCAGCAGGAGCUCCCGGCAUGCAAGCCGUUGCUAACUCCCGGAAUCGUCAUAGGCGCCUUCUCGCUCAUCGGCAUCAUCUUCGUCCCGAUAGGGCUCGCGUCCCUGUCAGCGUCGCAGGAGAUUGUUGAAUUGAUAGAUCGAUACGAUGUGGAGUGUGUUACCGCCAGCGACAAGAUCGGGUUCAUCCAGGACUCCAAGGCCAACAAGGCGUGCACCAGAAAGAUCACGGUGCCCAAGCCGAUGAAAGGCCCCAUACACGUCUACUACCAGCUGGAGAACUUCUACCAGAACCACCGGCGGUACGUCAAGAGCCGGAGCGACCAGCAGCUGCGCGACAAGGACUACAAGGACCCUAAGGCGGUGAUCAAGGCCUGCGACCCGGAGGCCACCACCGGCGACGGCUCCCUCAUCGUGCCUUGCGGCCUCAUCGCCUGGAGCCUCUUCAACGACACCUACGCCUUCUCCGUCAACAAGAAGUCGGUGACGGUGAACAAGAAGGACAUCGCCUGGGCCAGCGACAAGAACAGCAAGUUCGGCAGCAACGUCUUCCCCGUCAACUUCCAGAAGGGCGGCCUCAUCGGCGGCGGCAACCUCAACGACAAGCUACCUCUGAGCGAGCAGGAGGACCUGAUCGUGUGGAUGCGGACGGCGGCGCUGCCGACGUUCCGGAAGCUGUACGGGCGGAUCGAGGCGGACAUCAUGGCGAGCGACGAGAUCACGGUGGUGAUCCAGAACAACUACAACACGUACAGCUUCGGGGGCACCAAGGCAGUGGUGCUGUCCACGGCGUCGUGGAUCGGCGGCAAGAACAACUUCAUCGGCGUCGCCUACGUGGCCGUCGGCGGCAUCUGCCUCCUCCUCGCCAUGGGCUUCGUCGUCCUC